UUACAGCGGUGUGUGUGCCGAUUCCCGAUCCGCUUGUACCGUACCGUACUGCUUGGAAUUGUACGUACGUACGAAGUACGUGCGCAUAUUAUCGUACGUGCAGAAAUAAUGGGGAAAAAGAAAUUAUUAAAAGGAAACAACAAGUCCGCAGUACUAAUAUCGCAUUCAAUUGUAUUUUACCGACUUCGUAGGCAAAUAGCUCACGAAAAAUCAGGUUUGACAAGUUAGUGGACCAAAUUCAACUUCAAGUCUUUGAAAUAUCCAACAAAUACAGGCACAAUGGCGUGAUUUUAUGGAGACAUCAGCAACUGCUACAGACAGUGCUAGCUACGUAGAAAAGUCAAACAUUCCAACUCCAAGCCGGUUUACCUUCGCCAAGAUGAGAAUCGAAAUGGUGGAUCAAAAGUGAUUUGAGUUUUACAAGGAAAGGUGGUGAACCCUUAGUUGUUUCCAGAUGGAGAGCAACCUGCAGGAAGACACCAUGGAGUACAUUGAUUAUCCAGAAUAUGCUGAUAUUAUGGAAUUAUUCAUUGAGACUUUGACAGGAACUGUGUUCGAGCUGCGAGUGUCGCCGUUCGAAACUGUGAUUUCUGUCAAGGCCAAAAUACAGAGAUUGGAAGGUAUCCCCAUCUCCCAGCAACAUCUCAUUUGGAGGUCUGUAGAGCUUGAGGAUGAUUACUGUUUGCAGGACUAUGGAAUUCCACCAUCGGCAUCUCUGAAGUUGGUCUUGGCAAUGAGGGGAGGUCCUAUCAAUACUCGAAGAAUUCCGAUGGAAGAUCCUGCUAUCCGGGAGAUGGCGGAAUACAUGGAGGCCAACAAAGAGGAGAUUUGGGAGAAGUUGCCAGGCAACCGCCAGGUCACCCUCCUCGUCUUCCGGGAAGGAGACCAGCUCAAUUUCUUCCGUGUCGUGGACCGGGGAGACGGGACGCUGACCCCGCUCUCGGAGUCACUAAGUGGUGCUUCUGUGUACAACGUUGGAGAGGAGGAGGAUGAGGAGAAGAAGAACCCGAACCCGAACCCGCCACCGGAAUAUCCAACGGAGGAGAACGACCUCACCAUGGGAAAGAUGAAACUUCUUAGAGCGAAGAUGGAAAAUUUAUCCGUUGGCAAAAAGAAAACAACAAAGACAGCAAGACCACCAAGCAGUAGUAGACCCAAGAGUUCAGGACAGAGGAGAAUCUUCUCAGCUAAGAAAGGAAGCAAGUCCCUCAACAAGACCAGCCCCCUUCCACCCGUAGGAACUACAAUACUACCACCUGUAGGGGGCGCUAUGGUUUCUACCGGUGACAGUCAUGAGAAAUUGCCUAGCACCCGGACACCUCGCAUUGGAUCGUCCGCCAAGGGUCUAGGCAUGAGGACACGGACAAAACCUGAAAUUGUGCCCAAAGCGAGGGCAGCAGACAUUACGCAAAUUGGUGCUACGACAAACCCAGUGGCUAUGUCGGCCGGUAUGAGCAGCCGCAGCAAGAGCCGAACAUUGAGACUCAGUAGUAGCAAAGAAAGCAGGCAUAGCCCCGUCCCACCGCCGUCAUCGUCGCAACGUGCCCUUGAGAACCUCACCGGUGCCAAUUUGCAUCACUCCUUCCGAAGUCGGACAAACGCAUACCCACACCCCCCUUCCACGCAGAGUUCCUUCAUCCAGGACCUCCGGCCGACCACUUCCUCCAAUCUUGCCGAAGCAGCCCAGGUCGCGGCCGACGCCAGCCGCGGCCCGGAACGCAUGAACCUAAAGACUGCCGAUGCCCGCAUGGUGACCCAACUCGUAAAUCAAGCUAAUCGCGAAGGCAAGAUUAACAAUAUUGUGAGGUCGGGACACCGCGAGAGCUCGCAUACGGGGAAGCGCAGCGGACAUUCACGAGUUACUUCGGGUAGCAUGACGCUAUCUCAAGCUCUCAAUUCCAGCAAUGGACUCACAAAUGCUAUUAGUGAAGACAGGAUAAGAACGCCAGAUGCCAGGAAAGCUCUGAUUUCUGCUCACAGUAUACGAGGGAGGUUAUCCGGCAGCAAGGAAGGCAGAUUAUUAACAUCUCCAGCUCAUCGCCUGCCUCCAGUCACCAAGCCAGCUAUCGGCUCCAAGAAGAAGGCGAGUAAGAGAUGCUUCAUGUGCAACAAGAAAACCGGCCUUGCCACCAGUUAUGCAUGCAGGUGCAAUCACAACUUCUGUGCCAGCCAUCGCUACGCCGAAGCCCACAACUGCGAGUACGAUUACAAGACGGAGGGCAGGAAACUCCUGGAGCAGAGCAACCCUCUCGUCAGUGCACCAAAGCUACCCAAGAUUUAACAUUAAGCCAUGUAUUUUCAAACGUAAUGUGUGUUAUUACCUCGUGUUAAACAAUAUGACGAUUCUUUCUGAAGAGAGACUAUGUAAGGUACAAGCAUUUCGAAUCAUUUACGAUGGAAAGAAAACAGCAUUAAUUGUGUACACUGCAAAUAAGAUUGCUAUUUCUAAAAUAACGUUAAUUAUUAACUUCAAGCAUUGUUAAUCACUAGGAUCAGAUGGAUACAGCAUGAAUUGUGCACAUAGUGCAUUCAGAAGUAUUGGGAAUAACUUUAAUCCUGUGUGUGUUCACACUCGUACACUCUUACAAAUUUAUCACUUAAAGCAGAAAGCAUGAGUAGUUAACAUGGAAUGGAUAUGAGCUUAUCUUAUUCUGAACAUUAAUAUACAUACUACAUGUGUAUAAUCAUAUACAUAUCCAGUUUAUGUCGUCAUCAAUGACGGUCAUUCACAUUGCAUGCUAAAAUGCACCUAUUAACCUUUCACUCUGAGUCCUGUUCUAAGGACUUUAUCGAUUUAUACAAAGUAUACUAUUUAUCAUACUGAUGGAGUAGAUCAAAAAGUACUACCAGUAUAUCGUUGUACCUCUUAUAUAUAUUAUCUGGGAUUUUUAAAUAUCAGUUCAAGCCCUAUGCUUAAUUAUGCAUAGUCAAAGCAUUUUGAUGAACAAAGUGAACUACAUGUUCAAUACGUUCAGCUAUUUUGAAUUAACAUUGUUUUAAUUCUUAUAAAUCUACAUUAUGCAUUUAAUGUAGUGAUUGAAUACUAGAAAUACAUGUGCACAAUUUUGUGUCUGCAUUCAUGAAAGAUAACCUUUGAAAACACAAAUUGUAUUGACAUCGGAGCUUUCUGAAGUGUUUGAAUGCUGCAAAUGUCGGCCUUUAUACCAAUAUUGGACAUUGCUGAGUUUUAUGAUGUUUACGUUAAAAAAAGAAUAACAGGAUAUUACUGCAUUUGCUACAUACCAAUGAAAAAGGUUCACUAAUAAUAAGAAACACACGCUUAUUAAAGAGUUUACUUAAAGUGGGAUAAUUUACAAGAUAUGAAAACAAAACUUACUAAAGAAAGUUAGUUUAAGAUAUUGUACAUUAUUCUGACAAAAGGAAAAGUACUUUAAUAAAAAAUAUAUGUGAAUUAUAUAUAAAAGUGAAUCUUAAAAAAAUAUGUAUAGUUCAAAAGGAUUGCAACUGCUCUAUUCUGUGCUACUUGGGGUUUUGUGUUGUUCAUUGUUUGUUUUUGCCUCUACUUUGGUGAAAAAGAAAUGCAAACUUGCAGAUGAGCAAUUUGUAGGCAAAGUGAAAAAAAUGGGUGAGAAUGUGGUGUUUGGAAACGUUCCUUCCAAGUCUCGCUUCUUUUCUGUCCAUACAUCUGAGCUUGAAUUUAUUAUGACUAUUCAUGAAGUACGGGGCACAACCUCUUUUACAAUCCAUUAUAUAUUUCAUCCCUUUUGAAAAUUAGACCCUAUUUUCUUUAGGAAAUUGAUGCCACACCAUAAUGUUCAUCUGUACUAAAAGUUAAUGAAAUAUUACUGAACAGACUUUCAGAUCACCUUAUAUAUACAGGUUGAAUUGAAUGACUCUUACCAUUAAAAUAUUUCUAAAAUUUAUUUAGAAUUUAUGAUUAGCCUGAAAUAUAGCCCUUAGUCUUACCUGUUAACAUGAUUAUAUUGAAAUUUAUUGAAGAUAGCGCAUUUACUAAAGCUUUGUUGCAUUACGAUUUCCUUCCAAUUUUUUUGGAAUUGCAGUAAUUCUAAAUACAUGGAAUGAAACAGAUGUUAGCAAUUUCCGCGUAACGUAUUAGAAUUAUCAUAACAGUUAUUAGCCAUGCUGUCAGGAAAUCUUUAACCUAGAAUUCCAGGUUCAUUUGUUUUCUUUGUAAAAAUAAAUUCUUCCAUUAACGUAUGACAAUGAUGUCUCAUAAAAACGUAUAGGCAAAGUCAUAACAUAAUAAUAUUAUGUUAUUAUGUUAUUAUUCUGUUUCAGUAAAGUACUAGCUUUUCCGAUUGUUCUAAGAUGUGAUCUUGCUGAGCGUCAAAAUGUAGCAUGUGCCUUUUUUGUGUGUAUUUGUUGUGUUUUUGUUUUUUUAAACCCUUGAGUGGGAAGUAACUGUGUUAGCAGCUUGUGCAUUUAGUUGCAGUGUAAUCUGGAGCUGAAGUUGCAUGUUCCUUCCUAUGAUAUUAUCUUUUAAAGGUUCCAAUUAACUUGAUUAUUUUCGAGAAAAUGAAAUGUAAAUGUUUGCACUGAUGUUGGCAAACUAGACCUUUAAGCAAAGUCAUAGUCCACCCUGCUGUUACAUGUUUGUUCAUGAUCAAUGUAUGUAAACUUCAACCACAGGAAAAAAACAAAAAAACUUUCAAACAUCACAUAGUACCUCUAAGAAAAAUGCUUAUAUUUAACCAUUUAAGGAGAUAUUUUCAUGCAGCUUUAAAUCGUAUCAUAUACUUUAUUUAAGAGAAUGCAGCUAUGAUGAUUUGUAAGCAAGAUAAAUAUUUUCUGUCUGAAGUGGAGCCCUUUCCCAUUGUUACAAAAAUCUAAACUUAUUUGGUGUUGUUUCAGAUGUAUCAAAGGAAUAUUGUAUAAACAAUUGAUUUGACAUGCAAAAAGGAAACACAGGUCCUGCAUGCAGUACACAAUUUAUAGGGGUUGUGCAUAUUUAUAUCACUUAUGUAUGCAAAUCAGAGGCAAUGGGAACAUAUAUGUCUAGCAGUCAGUAAGCCUCUCUCUAUGAAUGUAUGCUUCAUAUAUUUCUUUUGUGAUUAGUUCAUUUGCUAUGAUGGCAAAAGGAAAUGUAAAUGAAAAAUUAAGUGCAAUACGAAAAAAAGAAAUUUGAGAUAUUAUCUCAAAGUAGAUGAAAUAAUGUACUGAAAAUCUAUCAGUACAAUUUGGGUGUGAGAUGUGAUAUACAAUCAUGUAAAAUAGAGAAUUUAUUAUUUCUAUUUUUCUCUUCAAUCCGAUAAUUUUGUUUUAUCUGGUUUGAUUUUUUUUCUCUUGACUGUGUGGGAUAACUUUAGCUCAGUUGAAAACACAAAAAUAGUUUGUGACCAUUUUUUGCCUUAUGCAUUUUUCCUGGUUUUCAACUAUGCAGACUAUUAAAAAGAAGUGGCGUGUCUUAAGUCAA